UGCAGGGAGGGCGCGGGGCGGCGGCGGCCGUCCAUGCGGCGGGCUCGGGCUGCCCGGCUCCGGGAACCACGCGGGGCGAGGUGAGGCGAGGCGGCCGCCGGCCGCUCCAGGACGCGGACCGCCAGGAGUUUGAACACCACUCCCACCUGCAGAAAAUUGGCAACAUACCCGCAGAGCCCUUGCUUUUUCCUGGACCCCAAGCAUCAUGGUUUCCCAUUUCAUGGGGUCUCUCAGUGUCCUGGGAUUCCUGCUGCUGCUUGGAUUCCAGCUCGUCUGCCCACAGCCCUCCACUGAACACAGAAAGGUCCCGCAGCGGAUGGCGGCGGCCGAGGGCGCCCCCGAGGACGGCGGCGGCGGCGCCCCGGGAGUGUGGGGCGCCUGGGGCCCCUGGUCCGCCUGCUCGCGCAGCUGCAGCGGCGGCGUGAUGGAGCAGACGCGGCCCUGCCUGCCCGGCUCGUACCGCGCGCGCGGCGGCCCGCGGCCCGGAACCCCCGCGCGCGCCUUCGCGGGCCACGUCGUGUCGGCCGUGCGCACGUCGGUGCCGCUGCACCGGAGCCGCGAGGAGCCGCGCGGCCCCGCCGGCCUGGACGCCAGCCGCCAGGGCCCGGUGCUGCGGGGCAGCCGGCACCCGCAGGCCCGAGGCCGCGAACCCGCGGCGGAGAGAAGGAGCAGGACCCGAGGUCCGAUCGGCCCUGGCAAGUACGGCUAUGGGAAGGCCCCGUACAUCUUACCACUGCAGACGGACUCCUCACACUCACCGCAGAGGCUCCGGAGGCAGAGGCCCUCGGCCGGGCAUUCCAGGUCCCAGGGGCCAUCUGGUCCCAGCCAUGGCUAUAGCCCGCCAGCCGGCCGGGCCUCCCAGCACGGAGCUCUGUACCAGAGUGACGGCGGCCCUCGUUCUGGACUGCAGGCCUCAGAGGCCUCCAUCUACCAUCUGCCUUUGACCCAUGAGCAGGGCUUCCCUGCAGCUUCGAGUCUCUUCCACAGCCCGGAAACAAGCAGCAACCACGGCAUGGGGGCGCACAGGGCAAACCCGAGCUUCUCCCAGCCCGCCCGGUCGGCGGCAAUCUCCUGCAUCGGAGCUUAUCGCCAGUACAAGCUGUGCAACCCCAACGUGUGUCCCGAAAGCGGUAGGAGCAUCCGGGAGGUGCAGUGUGCGUCGUACAACAACAAGCCGUUCCUGGGCCGCUUUUAUGAAUGGGAACCCUUUGCCGAAGUAAAGGGCAAUCGGAAGUGUGAGUUGAACUGCCAAGCAGUGGGGUACCGCUUCUACGUCCGACAGGCAGAGAAGGUCAUUGACGGUACCCCCUGCGGCCAGAACAGCACGGCCAUCUGCGUGUCCGGGCAGUGCAAGAGCAUCGGCUGUGACGACUACCUAGGCUCCGACAAAGUGGUGGACAAAUGCGGGGUGUGCGGAGGCGAUAACUCGGGCUGUCAGGUUGUGUCAGGCGUGUUUAAGCACGCCCUCACCAGCCUGGGCUACCACCGCGUUGUUGAGAUCCCCCAAGGAGCCACCAAAAUCAACAUCACCGAGAUGCACAAGAGCAACAAUUAUUUGGCCUUGAGAAGUCGUUCUGGCCGCUCCAUCAUCAACGGGAACUGGGCGAUUGACCGGCCUGGAAAAUACGAGGGCGGCGGGACGAUGUUCACCUAUAAACGUCCCAAUGAGAUCUCGAGCACUGCUGGAGAGUCCUUUUUGGCUGAAGGUCCCACCAAUGAGAUCUUGGACGUCUACAUGAUACACCAGCAGCCCAACCCAGGAGUCCACUAUGAGUACGUCAUCAUGGGGACCAAUGCCAUCAGCCCCCAGGUGCCACCUCACAGGAGACCAGGGGAGCCCUUCAAUGGCCAGCUGGUGACAGAAGGGAGGAGCCACGAGGAGGGAGAAGAGAAGGACAGGAAUGAGAAGGAAGACGUGCGUGGUGGGGCACCCGAAAUAUUCACCUCAGAAUCAGUGCAGACCUUCCCCGUCAGGCAUCCUGAUAGAUUUUCUUCCCACCGGCCAGACAAUGUGGUACCCCCAGCACCACAGCCGCCACGACGAAGCCGAGACCACAACUGGAAGCAGCUCGGGACAACGGAAUGCUCCACGACCUGCGGGAAAGGGUCGCAGUAUCCUAUAUUUCGCUGUGUGCACAGAAACACUCACGAAGAGGUUCCUGAGAGCUACUGUGACUCCAGCAUGAAGCCGACCCCCGAGGAGGAGCCGUGCAACAUCUUCCCUUGCCCAGCCUUCUGGGACAUCGGGGAGUGGUCGGAGUGCAGCAAAACCUGUGGCCUGGGCAUGCAGCACCGCCAGGUCCUGUGCCGCCAGGUGUACGCCAACCGCAGCCUCACGGUGCAGCCCUACCGCUGCCAGCACCUGGACAAGCCCGAGACCACCAGCACCUGCCAGCUCAAGAUCUGCAGCGAGUGGCAGGUCCGGACCGACUGGACCUCGUGCUCGGUGCCCUGUGGAGUGGGACAGAGGACCCGUGACGUGAAGUGCGUAAGCAACAUCGGGGAUGUAGUCGAUGACGAGGAAUGCAACAUGAAGCUCCGGCCGAGUGACAUCGAGAAUUGUGACAUGGGACCCUGUGCCAAGAGCUGGUUCCUCACCGAGUGGAGUGAAAGGUGCUCGGCGGAGUGCGGGGCUGGCAUGCGGACGAGGUCGGUGGUAUGCAUGACCAACCACAUCAGCAGCCUGCCCCUGGAGGGCUGUGGGAACAACCGGCCGGCGGAGGCCACCCCGUGUGACAACGGGCCCUGCACAGGCAAGGUGGAGUGGUUUGCUGGGAGCUGGAGUCAGUGUUCCAUCGAGUGCGGGAGCGGAACCCAACAGAGGGAGGUGAUUUGUGUUAGGAAGAAUGCGGACACGUUCGAAGUGCUGGACCCUUACGACUGUUCCUUCCUGGAGAGACCCCCCAGCCAGCAGUCCUGCCACCUGAAGCCUUGCGGGGCCAAAUGGUUUAACACAGAAUGGAGCAUGUGCUCCAAGAGCUGCCAGGGCGGCUUCCGGGUCCGGGAAGUGCGCUGCCUGUCAGAUGACAUGACCCUAAGUAACCUCUGUGACCCUCAGCUGAAACCAGAAGAGAAAGAAUCUUGUAACCCUCAGGACUGUGUUCCUGAAGUCGAUGAAAACUGCAAGGACAGGUACUACAACUGCAACGUGGUGGUUCAAGCGCGACUGUGCGUCUACAACUACUACAAGACUGCCUGCUGUGCCUCCUGCACUCGUGUGGCCAACAGACACCCCGGCUUCCUGGGGAGCAGAUAACACCCCUGCACCACAUCCCUCGGGCAGGGCAGGGAGUCUGCGAGCAGGGGGCCGCCCGGCUGCUGCUCCGCGGGGCUCCCUGGCCCCGGCGCUGCCGGCCGGCUGGGUCACCACCCUCGCCUUCGGUCACGUGUACACGUGGUGCCAACGAGCGGAGCCACAGCUGCCCUCUGAGCGUCGCCAUAAACUGAUGAUCCCUCCUUGGGGAACCUGGCACCUGUAACGGUGCCCUCUGAAAACCAAGCAGUGGGGAGUGCAGGUGGCUCUCGGCCAACUCUCGGGCUGGCACUUUCUGCGUCAGCGAUUGGGCCCUGACUGGGCGCUGCCUCCGCCCCAGAGCCCCUGGCCUUUCCAAUGUCAGUGCCCCCGGAAAGUCAGAGGGGGCAGCCCCCCACCCCAGGGCCCCAUGGAGCCCUCCUUACCUCAGCCCGGCUGUGCCUAUCUUCGUUCUCAAAGACAUUGGGCUGUGUUCCUGCCGACGACACAAAUAUCUCCUGUCCAUUUAGCGCUUUAUUGUUUCACAGGUAUAUUCACAUGUAUUAACUCAUUAGCAGCUCACAAUGCCCCAGGACGGGAGGCAGGGAAUGAAUCAUUAUCCCCAUUUUACUGACAAGGAAACUGAGAUUCAAUUUUGAUAAUUAACCUGCUAGGUAUAUUCACCUGUCCAGUGGCAGAGCGGAGUCCUGACCCUAAUCAUCUGACCACAGAACCCUCACCCCAAGGCCUGGGCAUACGUCUUAGGUCCGCA